AUGGGGGUGCGUGGAGUGUUCGGACUAGAGGAUUAUGUGGUCAUUGCGGGGAUUUUGGCGGCGUUUUUUGCUGUUGGACUCUAUUUCAGGUUCACUGGGAACCGACAGCGAACCACUGCCGAGUUUUUCCUUGGGGACAAAGCAGCAUCCGUGAUUCCAGUGGCGUUUUCCUUGAUGGCGUCCUUCAUGAGUGCUGUGACACUGAUGGGUGUCUCGUCAGAGACUUAUGUCUAUGGGGCCCAGUUUGCUGUUAUUAAUGCGUCAUAUAUUAUUGCGACGCCCAUUGCAGCAUUCCUGUUUUUGCCAGUUUUUUUCCAAGUGGGCAAAGUCACUGUGUAUGAGUACCUGUCGCUGAGGUUCAACAAAACAGUGAGACUGGUGGCAUCCCUGUGUUUCUCCAUUCAAAUGAUCCUGUACAUGGGGGUUGUGCUGUAUGCCCCAGCACUGGCCUUGUCUGCAGUGUCUGGCCUGGACAUUGAUGGGUCUGUGUUGGCAGUGGGGGCUAGUUGCACUGUGUACACGGCCCUGGGGGGCAUGAAGGCUGUACUGGUCACGGAUCUAGUUCAGGGCACACUCAUGUUGGUGGCUGUCUUGGCAGUUGUGGUGGACGGGGUUGCGAGUGCAGGUGGUGUCAGUCAUGUGUGGGAAACUGCCCAGGAAAGUGGGAGGAUCAAUUUCUUCAACUUUGACCCCGACCCAAGGGUCAUGUACUCCUUCUGGACCUUGGUGUUCGGCACAAUGUUUCUCUACCUGUCGCUUUAUGCAGUGAACCAGGCUCAAGUCCAACGUCUGAUGAGUCUUGGGUCGUUGCGGAAAGCUCAAUACUCAUUGGUUCUGCAGUUGCCAAUUUUAAUUAUGCUGAGUUUCACGACGUGCUUCUCUGGAAUCGUGAUGUACGCCAAGUUCAAGGACUGCGAUCCGAAAUUGUCUGGAAAGAUCAAGUCCUACGAUCAGGUGAUUUUUUACGCGAUGAUGGACGUUGAAGUAAAGCCGUAUAAAUGUGGUAAUUUUGGCGAUUUAUGGACUGGUAUAAUUCUUCUUCCUUUCUACAUGGUGGAGGCGUUGAGUGCGAGACCUGGUUUGCCGGGAUUGUUUGUAUCCGGAUUAUUCAGUGGGACAUUGUCUACCAUCUCUUCAGGAGUGAAUGCCCUUGCAGCAGUUGCUGUUCAGGACUUCAUCAAGCCGUUUUUGUUCGCCAAGAACCCGUUGAGUGAGCGGACGAUGGCCAGGAUUUCUCUCGCACUUUCCCUCGCUUUCGGCUGUGCUUCCAUUGCACUCGCUUAUGCUGCCCGGGCCCUGGGCGGGGUCUUGGCUGCGAGUUUCACUGUUUUCGGAGUCGUUGGAGGACCUCUGCUGGGCCUCUUCACUCUGGGCAUGUUUUUCCGGUUUGCCAACUCUCUGGCAAGCUUUGCUGGCACAAAAAUGCCGCGCUCUUCUCUUCCCUUGUCUGUAGCUGGUUGUGGGAACAAUUCUUCUGUCUCAACUGCUCUUCAUGUUUCCAUGCCUGGUUUUGAAAACCAAGGGAUCUUUGAGUACAUUGGUUCUAUGUCCACCAUGUACUACACAGGCUUUGGUGCUGCUGUGUGUGUUCUUGUUGGUAUCGUGACGAGUUUGGCAACUGGUGGCACGCGGAAAACGAAAGUGAGCGACACGUUGCUGUCACCUCUGGUAACGUGGCUAUUGCCCUCGGGCGACGAACCCGUGGAACCCAUGGAAAUCGGGCAUUUAUCUUCUCCAGUCCCUGAGAACAACGGUAUUUUGUUUCAGAAAAAUUCCGACUCUAGUAUCGAUAUUACGAUGAAAAACUCGUUGUUGCGCGACGGGGAACCGGAAAAGUCGCACCUUGUGUUCAAUUGA